AAAAGUCAAAAGCUAAUUGAAAUUAAAUUGAAGCUGAACAGCAAUAAUUACAGAGACCGAAAAUGUCGCUAUUUAAAAUUAUUAAACAAUUCACAUAUCAGUGUCCGGACAACAAUGAAAAUUACGAUUCAUAUUCACUUACUUGUUCACGGUUGAAUGCGAAUAAUGAACAGCAGAAGGAUUGUGUUAUUAUUACAUCACAUUCGGGUUACAUUUCAAUUUUACAGCCAUCAAUUAGUGAUGAUAGGGAAGCGAGUAAUCAGCAGGCAAUUGUAGACGAGAAUCAUCCGCAUAUUGUAUAUGAAGCGAAACUUAAUGAACCAAUUCUGGGUGUAUUAUGUGGGAACUUUAUUCAAUAUACACAAAAGCAGGAUCGACAAAAUCUAGUUGCUAUAUUACAUCCGAAUAAGCUUGCAAUAUAUUCGCUUGUGACAUCAGAGGGAUUUGUUGAGCAAGGAGAACAAUCAAAAUUACAGUUGAUACAUCAGCAUGAACUUAAUAAACCAACAUUCACAUUCUGUAAAGGCAAUUUUGGAGGAGUUAAAGGGAAAGAGUUCAUCUGUGUUAUGUUUAUCGACGGAUCAUUGAAAUUUUUCGAGCAGGAUGGAAUAAGCCAAAACUGUAUAUUGCCAGGCAAUCGAACAAUUCCAACGUCCUUUGUUUAUGUACCAAGAAUUGAUUGCUUUAUGAUUCUUGCGCCUAAUUGGGAUUUAGAAUGCUAUCGAUAUCUUACACUAUCGGAAGCAUACGAGCGACGGCUAAGUCCAAUAUGGUCUAUGAAUGUUGGCGAAUAUAUUCUGGAUAUGAAAACACAUCAAAUCAGCAAUAUUGAAGCUGUGGUCGUUCUGCUUGGUGAGAACAACUUGAUCUGCCUUUCAGACUCUGGAAAAUUAAAAUUUUUCAAAAAGUUGGACUAUACACCAAUUUCAUUUUGCACAUUUACAGUUGGAUGGUACUUUGAACCAGACUGUAAGUUGAUGAUAGCUGUAGCAACCGACAACGGAUCUCUAUUAAUCUAUCAACAUUCAACAUUGGUUUGGUGUGCAGAACUACUAGAUGAAACGAUUGCAAUAGACCGUGGUAAUUUUAAUUGCUUUUCGGGUGCAAUUGUCACAUUGAAUUCUACUGGAAAAUUGACAAUUGGCUAUUUGGGAUCAGAACCGCAUAUUUUCAAGGUUCCAGCAUUGAACCUUUCGAAAUUAGAUUACGAGAAAUCUAAAAUGGAAUUGGAAGAAAUGGAAAAGGAAAUAAAUUCGAGCGUUGAUAAUUCUGAUAUUCCUUUUAUUAAUGCAACGGCGGAAAAGGAACUGGAAAUUAAAUCACGACUCGAGUUUGCAGAUCCCAGUGAUGGAACAUUUAUGCGAAUUUGUGUAAAAUUCAUACCACACAUAAAUCUUGAACAAAUUCAACUUAAUAUAAUGCAGAAUCCGGCAUUUGCAAUACCCAAAAGCAAUUUCUUUUAUAAUGACUUGCAAGCUCAUGAAAAACAAUCAUUUGAGACGGAAAUUUAUUUAAGCGAAUCAGAAGUUGGUGAGAUAUUUUCAAGCGAUGUUGCUAUUGUCGUGACAUUUAUUAACAAACAAAGCAUCGCUCGUAUCCUAAGGCAUUCCAUACAAGUUCCAUUAAGAAAUGUUGUGAAAGUUGUACAGCCGCAAAAGGAUGGCAUUUUUAAAGUGACAUUGACAUCCUCACCAACCGUUGAUAUUUCUGUGCUCUUUUCAGACUUGACAUUGACGGAAGUUGGGCAAGCAGUUGGUUUGAAGAUUCUCAAUUCUGAAAAUCCUGUGACUGUAAUUUUAGCAAAAUCAUCAAAUCGUUACAGAUUACAAUCAAACAGUCUCGUUAGUUUGGCAUAUAUGCUGAAUAUAAUGAUUGAUCGAUUGUCACAGGUAGGAGAGGAAACAGCCACAACAUCAGUUGACCAUAAAAACAUCAAAUCUAUAACGGUGAAAUCGAUUCCAUCAUCAACCAUAGAAUACAUGUUGUCAUGUAUCGAGAAGCAUCAUAAUAUGAGAAAUGAAAUGAAGGGCGUUGUUGAAAUGCUGUCAUCAAAGUCCAUUGAGAUGCGACUUUUCGAGAGGUGCUUCUUAGUGAAAAUGCAAGGUAAAACUUCGGCAAGUACAAUGGAUGGAAUCGAGUUGUUAUUGCGUGACACAUAUAAUGAAAUUUUAGCAUUAAGUGGGAGAUACAAAGCUAUUAAAGGAAAUCUUAACAGAGUUCAAAUUCAACUGACAUCGACAAUUUAUUUUAUCCGUAAAGUGAUUGAAUAUGCAGAUUUACCGCAAAAAAUUACCGAAAAUUUAUUGUGCAUCAUGCGAUUGAGUUUAAUAGAUUUUCAAGAGCAGAGCUGGAUUGAAUCCUUGGCACCAUAUGUAGAUUAUCUGUAUAACAUGUAUCAAGUCAAAGGAAAUCAAAAUCAAUUUUAUGACAGCAUCACAUUCAGGAAUGACAACUUUUCCUUAACGAGAUUCUCAAAACAAUUGAAGCAUGUAUUGUCAGUGCUUACAGAUAGCUCUACAGAUGAUAAAAAGACAAUGGAGAACGCUUUUAUAAAGGAGGAAAAUGAAGCAACGUCAAAUGCUGAUAAUGAUAGUGAAUGGAGUUCCAAAUUAAAUCCAUCACAUGAAAUUAUGUCAACUGAUAAUGAAUAAGGAUAAGCAUGUGAACCAUAUUCAUUGAGUGUGUUGGAAGCUACACAAUACAUGAUUAAACAAAGGAUGGGCCUUCUUUGUCAAUAGGAAAUUGCGAUGAUUAAUUGGAUGAGUUAUUGUGGAAGCAAAAACAUAA